AUGGUCGAGAUCAGCAUUCAGAAGCGACCGCUCGCUGGCGUCGAGCUCGAAUCGGCGCAGCACAAGUACUUUCGCAAGACAGCCCGCGGAAAGGUCCUCAAGAUCCUGCGCGAGAGGUACCUCCGCGACGACAUCGCCUGUGGCAGCCGCGCCUGCGAACGAUGCCAUCACCUCCAUGCCGAUCUGCAGAGACAAGCUCAGGAUAAUGGCUCUCAAAGGAAGAUCUUUCUCGAUCCCACCGGCUUGAAAAACACCAAAGUAGACCGCAACCACUACCUCGUCCUCGACACCAACGCAUUUCUUCAUCAGAUGGAUCUCAUCGAGAACCCGAGCUUCACAGAUGUCAUCGUGCUGCAAACAGUUGCAGAUGAAGUCCGUCACAGGAGUCUGCCUCUUUUCAACCGCUUGAAGAACCUCAUCGCCGAUCCUGACCGUAGAUUUUGGGUGUUUUACAACGACUUUGGCCGCGACACUGCCGUGCUCCAACAGCAAGACGAAUCCCCCAACGAUCGCAACGACAGGGCUAUCCGCACAGCAGCCAAAUGGUACAGGACUCAUCUCAUGGCGUCCACUGGUCCAGGUUCGUCCAUAAAAGCCAACCUCGAUGUGCUGCUCAUCUCCGACGACCAGGACAACGUGCAACGCGCCCUCAAAGACGACAUUCGUGCCAUGUCCGUCCGCGACUACAUCGAAGGCCUAGACAAUGCAGACCAACUUCUGGAUCUGCUUUCUUCGCGCUCGCUCGUGUCCGGCUCUGGUGGCAGCGAGAAGCGCGCAGUCCUCUAUCCCGAACAUCUGCCGCAGAACCAGGUCACCGCCGGUGUCAAGUCUGGCCAGCUGCUUCAAGGCUUCUUCAACGCAAAUCCGUACAACUACCUCGAGGCCACCGUUCGAUCAGGUCAGCUGACACGCCCUAUCCUGCUCGUCGGUCGCGAAUCCAUGAACCGCGCCGUCGACGGAGACAUCGUCGCCGUGCAGAUGCUGCCCAAAGACCAGUGGAAGAGUGCAACCGAAGAGGUCAUCGAUGCCGACGCAGCGCUCAAGGACGAUGACGCCGAAGACGCCGACGGAGAGGGUGGUGCUGAUGACGAUAUCGAAGCGCGACUCGCAAGGAAGGAAGUAGCCGACGCAGAGGCCAAUGCACGCUCCUCGCGCGGCGAACCGCAACCCACCGGUAAGGUCGUCGGCAUCGUGCGCCGCAACUGGAGGUCGUACGUCGCUCACGUCGACGUCAACUCGGUCAACUCCUCUGCGCUUUCAAGCCUUGGUGCGCAGACAGUGUUUGCCACCCCUGUCGACCGUAAACUUCCUCGAAUCCGCAUCCGAACUCGUCAGGCGAAAGAUCUCAUGGGCCAAAAGAUCCUCAUCGCACUCGACGCAUGGCGACCGACGUCGCGCUACCCCGACGGCCACUUUGUCCGCGCGCUCGGUCAAGCCGAGAGCAAAGAGGCAGAGCAGGAGUCUCUGUUGCUCGAGCACGAUGUACCGUAUCGCCCAUUCAGCAAGGCUAUCCUCGAUUGUUUGCCUGCCGAGGGUGACACGUGGGUUGUUCCACCCAAGGACAUGACGCACCGCGCUUGGAGGGACAGGGUCGACAUACGUGACGAAAUCAUCUGCUCCAUCGAUCCCCCCGGAUGCCAAGACAUUGACGACGCACUGCACGCCAAGCAGCUGCCCAACGGCAACAUCGAGGCCGGCGUCCACAUCGCCGACGUCUCGUACUUUGUGCGGCCCGACAACCCGAUGGACUCGGAAGCAUCCAGUCGCGGUACCACGGUCUACCUCGUCGACAAACGUAUCGACAUGCUUCCACAUCUUCUCGGUACCAACCUGUGCUCUCUUCGACCUUACGUGGAACGACUCGCUUUCAGCGCAGUGUGGGAGAUGACACCGGACGCCGAGAUCGUCAAUGUUCGAUUCCACAAAUCGGUCAUCGCAUCCAAAGCUGCUUUCACCUACGAAGAGGCGCAAUUGCGCAAGGAUGACAAAUCCAAAACCGACGCCAUCACUCAGUCGAUCCGCCUGCUCAACUCGCUCGCCAAGAAGCUCAAACAAAAGCGUAUGGAUGCAGGUGCACUCAACCUCGCCUCGCCCGAAGUACGCAUCCAUCUCGAUUCGUCCGAAUCCGCCGCACCGAUCGAUGUGGAGCAGAAGGAGAUGAGAGAGACCAACUCGUUGGUGGAGGAGUUCAUGCUUCUCGCCAACGUCUCUGUCGCAGAAAGGAUCUACGAGGUUUUCCCCAUGACCGCUGUUCUGCGAAGACACUUGCCUCCACCGCGAACGAAUUUCGAGACUCUGCAGGAUAUCCUCCUCAAACGACGCAACCUUUCGCUCGACGUGUCCAGCUCCGGCGCCCUCGCCGCUUCGUUGGACGAGUGCGUCGAUUCGAAAGACGCUACGUUCAACACGUUGGUGCGUAUCAUGGCGACACGAUGCAUGCUGAGUGCCGAGUAUUUCUGUUCGGGCAGCGUGGCGAGGGAUACCUUUAGUCAUUACGGAUUGGCAGCGGGGAUGUAUACGCAUUUCACCUCUCCCAUUCGAAGGUACGCCGACGUGUUGGCGCAUCGUCAGUUGGCAGCUGCGAUCAACUACGAACCGCUCCAUCCGAGUUUGCACUCCAAGGACUACGUCGACGACGUGCUCAAGGUGGUGAACAAGAGGCAUAGGAGUGCACAGCAGGCGGGUAGGGCGUCGGUGGAGUUCUAUGUCGGGUUGAGCAUUGCUGAGCGCAACGCUGGUAAAGAGGGCGAGAUGAUGCAGGCGAGCGCGUACGUGAUCAGGGUGUUCAGGAACGGUCUCGCCGUGUUUGUCAAUCAGUUCGGAUUGGAAGGUCUGAUCACGUUUAGGGAGGAGGUCGAGUUCGAUCAGGAGAACUACGAGGUGCGCAUUCCGAAACACGUGAGCGGGUUGACGAGGGAUUUGAAGCUGGGCAUUUUCGACAUGUGUACGGUCAAGAUCGGCGUCACCAAGGAUGCCAACACCAAGCGUGGGAAGGUUAGCAUGCAUUUGGUCGGUUAG